UUCUAAACAAAAGUAUUUCAUGUCCAUUGCAUUUGUGCGAGCUUAUAGCGCCGUGUAUUAAGUGCAUUAAUUGAGUCAAAUUCGUAGUUUGUGUGAUUUAAUAAGAGCUUAGGGUAGUGAUAAGCGCAGAAUGUUUCGCAAAAAAAAUUCGCAUGAAGCCGUUGACGUGGACAACAACGGUGAUGGUUUGGUACGCAAUUAUGCAGCGGAAGAUUGUGCUGAUGACGAUAUAACUUUUCGCAGAGAUGUAGACAAUAGUCGUAGAUCAGCAAGUGCAACUAAUGUGUACAGUAAUGAAGAUAGCGACGAAUUAGACACAAACGAGGGCAGUUCUGCUGAUACGCCUCUCAUUCGAGAUAUUGAAGUUAUUUCAGAUGAUGAUACAUUUCUGAAAUCUCGGCAUAUUUUUGGACUCAUGGGUUUCCUUGGUUUUGCUGUAGUUUAUGCAAUGCGCGUUAAUUUGUCGGUUGCUAUAGUUGCUAUGGUAAAUCAAACUGCCAUUCCUCAAAGUAAUUCCACAAGUGUCGAUGAUACUUGUCCAGUUCCGACACCAAAGAAUAAUACAAGACCUAUGAGAGAGGGUGAUUUUGUGUGGGAUGAAGCUACCCAAGGUCUGGUGUUGGGUUCCUUUUUUUACGGAUACGUGCUGACACAAGUGCCAGGUGGUCGUCUGGCAGAGGUUAUGGGUGGAAAGCUGAUUUAUGGUUAUGGCGUAUUAAUUACUGCAAUUUUUACACUGCUAACGCCUAUUGCCGCCUACUGGGAUCUGCCAAUGUUAGUACUUGUCCGAGUGCUAGAAGGCAUGGGUGAAGGUGUUACCUACCCAGCGAUGCACGCAAUGUUAGCCCACUGGAUACCACCACUAGAGCGCAACAAAUUCGCUGCUAUUGUAUACGCGGGAUCGAAUAUUGGCACAGUGAUCUCAAUGCCGUUGGCAGGCUGGCUCUGCUCUUUGGAAUUUCUCGGAGGAUGGCCAUCGGCAUUUUAUAUAUUUGGUUUGCUUGGCAUAGUAUGGUUCGCAUUUUGGAUGUAUCUCGUGUAUGACAGUCCAUGUAAGCAUCCUCGUAUAUCAUUAAAAGAGCGAGACUAUAUAGAGCGGAGUAUACGAUCCAUGCAGCCACGUAAUUAUAACGAAUUACUAUCUGAAUCUAGCAUAGAUGUUAUACAGACAGCCGAAGAGCAGAUACCGUGGCAUUCAAUUUUGACUUCAAUACCGUUGUGGGCGAUUUUAAUAACUCAAUGUGGUCAGAGUUGGGCUUUUUAUACGCAACUGACUGAACUACCCACAUAUAUGAGCAAUAUACUACAUUUUGACAUCCAAUCAAAUGCAAUGCUGAAUGCAAUCCCCUACUUUACAAGUUGGAUAGUAGGUAUUUUGUGCUCAGGUUUGGCCGAUUGGAUGCUGGAGCGCGGUUAUAUUUCUCUGCUCAACUCGUAUAAGUUAUGGAAUUCGGUAGCGUCCAUUAUACCAUCACUGGGACUUUUAGCUACUGCCUACGUGGGCUGUAAUUGGAUAUGGGUGACAGUGAUGCUAGCAGGUGUUGGUUCCUUUGGCGGCGCAGUAUAUGCAGGUAAUCAAAUGAAUCACAUCGCUUUAAGUCCACGCUUCGCAGGCACAAUGUAUGGACUGACGAACUCAGCUGCCAACAUUUGUGGCUUUCUAGCACCAUAUGUAAUUGGACUGAUUAUAAAUCAUCAUGAAACAUUGGCACAAUGGCGUAUUGUAUUUUGGUUGGCUGCUGCGGUAAACGUAGGAGGCAAUUUCAUAUAUUUAAUAUUCGCUAGCGCCAGUGAACAAAGUUGGUCCCGUAACCCGAGUCUAAUUGCAACACAAAAUAUACCUUCUUAAAGGCCACAGUAGCGAUUGUUGGCGCUGGAAAUCUAGCGAUAAUGCCGUGAUAAACGAAGGAUGCUAUUAUUUCCUGAAUACCUACGCAAAUUUGUGAUAAUUUAUUUUUUCCACAUUAACACAUGGAAUUGUAUGAGUUACAUAUAAUAUUUAAAUGCAUUAAUUAAGAAACUUGGAAAUUAGGCGCAACGCCUAAAAGUAUUUUAAAUAUCUACCAAUAAUGUUAACAAUAUAAACUUUGUGUUAUAAUUUUAUUAGAUUUUUUACAUUCCAAUAGAAUGUGAACUUUUUAAAUGAGAACUUUAUUUAUUCUUUUAAUAAAGUUGAUCUAUGUAUACUCUUA